UAUUCCUGUCCAAGCCACUGACUGAGAUCAAGGCUGGAAGAGAGAGGACAGCACACCGGAGAGCAGAAAUAAUUCUCGUGACGGCAGCCCCAACACCAGGCAACUAAAGCAGCUGGAAGUGGACAAUGGAUGCAGCAUUUCUGAACAAGGAUGGAGAGAGUGGCAAGAAAUCCAUGUACAUCGAGGAGCAGUCCAUCAAAGGAGAUGUCAUCUCCGUAAUGUUCUCUCUGAAGGAAGACUUUGGAGCCUUGGUUAAGGCCUUGCGUCUAUUUGAGGAGAAGGGUGUGAAUCUCACUCACAUUGAAUCUCGCCCAUCCCGACUCAAGAACGGCCAGUACGAGUUCUUCAUUGACCUGGACUGUAAGAGCGUCUCCAGCCUGGAGGAGAUUCUCCAGUCACUCCGCCAGGAAAUCUGCGGCACCGUCCAUGAACUUUCACGGGGAAAGAUAAAGGACACAGUUCCGUGGUUCCCUCGUGCAAUUCAAGAUUUGGAUAGAUUCGCAAACCAGAUCCUGAGCUACGGGUCAGAACUUGAUGCCGAUCAUCCUGGCUUCACAGACCCCGUGUACCGAGCGCGGAGGAAGGAGUUUGCUGACAUUGCAUACAACUACAGGCAUGGUGAAGACAUUCCGCGAGUUGAGUACACAGAGGAGGAGAAGAAGACCUGGGGAAUUGUCUUCGAGGAGUUGAAGACGCUAUAUCCGACCCAUGCUUGCCAUGAGCACAAUUCUGUGUUUCCAUUGCUAGAGCAGUACUGUGGCUACAGGAGAAACAACAUUCCCCAACUGCAGGAUGUCUCUAAAUUCCUACAAUCUUGCACAGGAUUCCGUCUACGGCCUGUGGCCGGACUCCUGUCCUCGCGGGACUUCCUGGCAGGCCUGGCAUUCCGUGUUUUUCAUUCCACACAGUACAUCCGACACGGAUCGAAACCCAUGUACACACCAGAACCGGAUGUGUGUCAUGAACUGUUGGGACAUGUGCCUCUCUUUGCCAACCCAAGCUUUGCCCAGUUUUCACAGGAAAUCGGACUUGCCUCUCUGGGAGCACCAGAUGAGUACAUUGAAAAGCUUGCAACGGUUUAUUGGUUUACCGUGGAAUUCGGACUCUGCAAGCAAAACGAUGAGAUCAAGGCAUAUGGGGCAGGGCUGCUCUCUUCCUUCGGGGAGCUUGAGUAUUGUUUGACAGAUAAACCAGAUAUACAGCCCUUCAAUCCGGAAGUGACGGCCAUACAGAAGUACCCCAUCACCAGUUUCCAGCCAGUCUAUUAUGUUGCUGAAUCAUUUGAGGAUGCAAAGGAGAAAGUGAGGAAGUAUGCAGCAAAUAUCCCUCGCCCUUUCUCUAUCCAUUACAACUCUUACACACAAAGUGUUGAAGUCCUGGACAGCAUCAAACAGAUAAAUAACCUGGUCGACAACAUCCAUGGUGAGAUGGGAAUUCUCUGCCAUGCACUCAAGAAGUUUGAAUGAAGUGGCGCACGCUGUGGAAGGCAAGGAAUAAGGGUGCAGAAAUGUUCUAAAGUGCAUAGACCAAGACAGGUUUAUUCAAACCACUCUCCUCCCCUCUCCACACAACGUUCUGCUUCAAUCUGUCUUGUCAGCUUUUUGAGUGAGGUCACCCCAUCAUUGACAAGCCCUCUACAGAGCUUAGACACAAGAGAUCGUGCUGAUGCUGGGAAUCCAGAGCAACACACACAAAUUGCUGGAGGAACUCAGCCAGUCAGGCAGCAUUAAUGAAGUAGCCACUGAGUGAAAGUUCAUGAUCACCUGCUGCUGUAGCCCAUCCAUUUCAAGGUUCAGAUAUCUCUGUGAAAGGGAGGAAGAGAUUAUGUUGUUUAUAGAAGUGACAUGGUAUUAGAAUCCUAUUACAAAGUCUAUUAGUCACUGCAUCUUUUCCCUGUGUUUUAUGCUUGCUGUAGAUUCACUGUACAGAUAUGAAUUGCUUUGAAAAUGUAGAUAAAAUGUUUAGUUUUACAAGGGUCUUUUUUCCUCUUAAAUGAAGGGUGAGUUUGUGCCUCUGUAGUGCGGCCUGCUCAGUCUUGAACCACAGGUUUAGUGGCCCUUCAGACUAUCAGUCCAGUGAAGCAGAUAGUCUCAGCUGGCUCGCUGUCACAAUAGAGUAAUUUCAGUAAUCUGAAAAGAACACCUGAGCGUCUUUUGGAAUAGAAGCAUAUUAUGCAAAAUGGCUCCAUUUUAAUCCUUUGAACUUUCCAAAUCCUCCCUUCCCAACCCCCUCUCCCUCCUUGUCCCCUCCUGAUGGAGUGGCCACUUUAUUAGGUGAGGUACCUCCUGUUCGUGGUCUUCCACUGCUGUCGCCUAUCCACUUCAAAGAUCAAUGUGUUUUGUGUUCAGAGCUGCUCUUCUGCACACCACUGUGGCAAUGUUUGGUUACUUGAGUUACUGUCACCUUCCUGUCAGCUUGAACCAGUCUGUCCUCUUUCAUUAACAAGGCAUUUUCACCCACAGAACUGCCCGUUUACACCCGCUCACUGGAUCUUUUUUCACACCAUUCUCUUUAAACACUAGAACAGGGGUUCCCAACAUUUUUUAUGCCAUGGGCCCCUACCAUUAACUGAGGGGUAUGUGGACCUCAGGUUGGGAACCUCUGUUCUAGAGACUGAAGUGCGUGAAAAUCCCAGGAGAUCAGAUCAGCUGUUCCUGAGAUGUUCAAACCACCCUUUCUGGCACCAACAAUCAUUCCAUGGUCCGAGUCACUUAGAUUGCAUUUCUUCCACAUUUUGAUGUUUGGUCUGAACAACAACUGAACUUCUUGCCCAUGUCUAUGUGCUUUUAUGCACUGAGUUGCCUCCACAUGAUUAGCUUAUUAGAUAUUUGCAUUAACAAGCAGGUGUACAAGUGUAUCUAAUAACUUAGUCAUUGAGCGUAUAUGUCUGAUUGAGUUUUUCUAAUAUAGAGUCCAUGCUUAUAGCAUUUAGAGUUUACUUUGAAACUUGGAGUUAAGAUUACAGAUAAAGAGUACCCUUCCAAUUUUUCUUUUCCAUAAACUAUAUUGAACAGGGAAUCAAAACUCUUAUAGUUUAAAACAAUCACAGACAAAAAAUCUGCAGAUGCUGGAAAUCCAAGCAACACAUACAAAAACAUCGACUGUACUCUUUUCCAUAGAUGCUGCCUGGCCUGCAGAGUUCCUCCAGCAUUUUGUGUGUGUUGUAGUUUAAACCAAUAUCCUCUUAUUAAUCCAAAAUUAAUAGGACUUUUCAGCUGCUGAUGAACUGUGAUUUACAUAGCUCAAUAUCUUAAACAAGUGUCUGGAAAGGAUGAAAUAAAAUUUAUAUUUCAAAAAUGAUUCCAAUUAUCAUCUCAGGGACCAUAGCUGCCAACCUAAAGAUUAAAAAAAGUCUAAGUUUAAAUUUAAGUUCAAUUUAAUUGUCAUUCAACCAUACCCAUGAAUACAGACAAAUGAAAUAGCAUUCCUCUGGGGCCAAGGUACAAAAUACAGUACUGACAGUCAUUCACAGCACAACGUACAUAUAGCACAUAUCAUUAUGGUAGCAAAAAGUCAUAUAAUUACAAAAUAAUAUUAAAAAUUGUAAUAUUAGCCCAAUUAAGUAAAUUAAAACAUGUAAAGAAGAUGGUGGAAAUCUGAACACAAGAGAUUCUGCAGAUGCUGGAAAUCCAGAGUAAUGCACAAAAUGCUGGAGGAACUCAACAGAUCAGGCAGCAUCGACGGAGACGAAUAAACAGUCAAUAGAAGGGUCUUGGUCCCACUGACGACUCUUUAUUCCUACUGUAGAUGGUGGAAAUGGGAAACGUGUCAUACAAAUAUCGGAAACGCUCACCAGACCAGGCUGCACCCAUGGCAGAGAAAUACACAGUUCUGUUAAUCAUCUGCCAUCAGAAAUAGGAAAUAUUUGUGAUUCAACAGCCUUGUUUGCUUUCAGUUUUAGGGUCCUAGAGACAUACAUCAGGGAGACAGGUCCUUCAGACCAUCUGGUUCGUGCUGACUAAGAUCCCCACCUAAGCUAGUCCCAUCUUGCCUGUGUUUAGCUCGUAUCUAAACCUAUCCCAUCCAUGUACCUGUCCAAGUGCUUUUUAAAUAUUGUUAAAGUACUCGCCUUAACCACUUCCUCAGGCAGUUUGUUCCAUAUACCCACCACUCUAUGGGUGAAAAUCUCUCUCCUACUUUUCCAACCCACCUAUUACCUCCUUCCCCUUCCCCCACCAUUUUUUCAUUCUGGCAUCUUCCCCCUUCCUUCUCAUCCCUGAAGAAGGGUCUUGGCCAGAAAACGUCAACUAUCUAUUCAUUUCCACAGAAGCUGCCGGACCUGCUGAAUUCCUCCAGCAUUUUAUGUGAGUUGCUGUUGCUGUGUCCUCAAGUUCUUGAUUCCCCAACCCUGGGAAAAAGACAGAGUUCAUUCACCCUACCUAUGGCCCUCAUGGUUUUAUACACCUCUAUAAGGUCACCCCUCAUUCUCCUCAAUGAAUAGAGUUCCAAUCUGCUCAACCUCAGAAUCAGGUUUACAAUCACCAGCAUAGGCGGUGAAAUGUGUUGUCUUUGUGCUAGCAAUACAAUGCAAUACAUGAUAGAGGAGGGAAACAACUGUGAAUUUCAGUAAAUAUAUAUACAUUAAAUAGUUAAAUAUGUAGUGCAAAAAUAGAAAUUUGAAAAAGUGGUGAAGCAGUGUUCCUGGAUUCAAUGUCCAUUCAGAAAUCGGAUGGCAGAGGGGAGGAAGCUGUUCCUGAAUCGCUGAGUGUGUGCCUUCAGACUCCUGUACCUCCUCCCCUCCUUCCUGUUGGUAACAAUGAGAAGAGGGGAUGCCCUGGGUGAUGUUGGUCCUUAAUGGUGGAUGCGAUCUUUUUGAGGCGUAUCUCUGUGAAGAUGUCCUGGAUACCACAGAGGCUGGUGCCCAUGAUGGAGCUAACUAAGUUUACAAGUGUUGAUCCUGUGCAGUAACCACCCUCCCCACUAGAUGAUGAUGCAGCCAGUUAGAAUGCUGUCCACGAUACAUCUGUAGAAAGUUGCGAGUGUUUUAGGUGACAUACCAAAACUCCUCAAACACCUAAUGAAAUAUAGCUGCUGUCACAUCUUCUUUGUAGCUGCAUCGAUAUGUUGAAUCCCAGAUAGAUUCUUGAGAGAUAUUGACAUCCAAGAACUUGAAAUUGCUCACUUUCUCCACUUCUGAUCUCUCUGUGAGGACUGGUGUGUGUUCCCUCAUCUUACCCUUUCUGUUAGGGCACCUCUCCCUAGAAUCCAUAAGUGUGUAGAACGUGCUGCCAGGGGUAGUGGUAGAGACUCAUACUUACAGGGAUUUAAGGCACUCUUAGAUAGGCAUAUGGGUGAAAGUAAAAUGAGGGUUAUGAGCUGUGCAGGAGGGAAGAGUUAGAUUGAUGAUGGAGUAGUCUUAUGUAGAUCAGUACAUCGUGGGCCAAAGAGCCCAUACUGUGCUGUGCAGACUGUUCUAUGCUCUUUAACUCAGUCCCUUAACUCAACAUCCUUCUAGAUCUUCGCUGCACUCUUUCCAACUUAAUAACAUCCUUCCCAUACCAGUGUGACCGAAACUGAAUCCAGUACUCACAGUGAUGUUCUGAUGAAAGUGCACCAAUCAAAGACAUCCCUCUUGCUCUUUACACCAGUGUUGUGUGGUCUGCUACAUAUUAGCAGAAUUUUGAGGGCUUUAUUUUGAGUCAGCUGAAAAUAAAAUUAAAUAUUAAACAAGUCAUUGGGUACAUUUAAGGCAGAGAUAGAUAGGUCCUUGAUUAGCCAGGGCAUCAAAGGGUAUGGAGAGAAGGCAGGGGAGAGGGAAUGACUGGAAGAAUUGGAUCAGCCCAUGAUUGAAUGGUGGAGUAGACACGAUGGGCUGAAUAGCCUACUUCUGCUCCUAUGUCUUUGGUGUUAUGGUCUUAGGAAAUUACUUGGCAUUUCAUCAUCAUCAUCAUCAGGUGCCGUGCCCAGUUUGAGCUUUGACCGCCAUGGCCUACACACUCCUGUUUCGGGUCAAGUGCAUCAAUUCUCUGGCUGCUGUCUUCAUCAUCAUUUGCCUUUGCCUUCCUCUUGCUUUCUUCCCUUCAAUCUUUCCUAUAAUUACUGUGCAUUCUAACUCCUCUUUCCUAAUCAUAUGUCCAAUGAAGUUACGUUGCCUUUUCAUGAUCUCAACAUUAUUUCCCUUUUUGUACUUGCUCUGUUCAUGACAUCCUCGUUAGAUAUUCAUUUUGUCCAUGAUAUUCUUUGCAUCCUCCUCAAAAUCCACAUCUCUGUUGCUUCAAUUCAUUUCCUCAUGUUACUAGAUAUUAUCCAACAUUCUGAUCCAUAUAACAUAACUGGAUAAAUGUAACAUUUCAGUACUCUGGGGCGGGUUGUCAUGCCUAGUUUAGUGUUGGUCAGUAUACUCUUCAUUCUCGUAAAGGUAUCUUUUGCCAUCCCUAUUCUUCUUUUGAUGUCCAUGUCACACCGGGCAUCUGAUGUCACCCAGCUUCCUAAGUAGCAAAAGUUCUGUACUUGUUUUAUUUUUUUCUCAAUUUAUUCUCAGCCUGCAGAUAGGAUUCUCCUUCUUUUUGGAUAUCACCAUACAUUCUGUCUUUUUGCAAUUGAUAGAUAGACCCAAUUUUGCACUUUCUUCAACAACUAUAUCAAUUAAGCUUUGUAGUUCUUCCUCCGUACUUGCAAUUAACAAAGUGUCACCUGUAUAUUUGAAAUUAUUGAUGUUUUCACCGCCAACUUUGAUUCCCAAGAUAUCUCUUAUUUUUUGUAAUAUUGUUUCACUGUACACAUUAAACAAAUCAGGGGAGAAAACACACCCUUGUCUAACGCCUCUUUUGAUUUUCGUAAACUCACUCACUUCUCCAUCUAUUCUUACAGCGGCAGUUUGUUCCCAGUACAGAUUUCUGAUUAGGCGGAGGGCUUUCGAAUCUAGAUCUAGAGUUUCCUGUAAUAUUUCAAAUAACUUAUUGUGCUUCACUUUAUCAAAUGCUUUUGUGUAGUCGAUAAAACAAACAAAUCUUUUUGCACUUGAAUAGCUUGUUCUGAUAGUAUCCUUAACAUCAAUAUUGUGUCUCUUGUACCUUUGUCUUUCACAAAACCACAUUGUUCUUUACCUAUUUCAGCUUGUAUCUUACCUUUAGCUCUUGUCAUCAAAAUUCUUAGAAGUAUCUUGGUGAUAUGACUCACUAAACUUAUGUUCCUAUGUAAUUCACAUUCAAUUGCUCCAGGUUUCUUAGGAAGAGUGAUAAAUACUGAUAUUUUCAUCUCUUCUGGUAUUAUUCCAGUCUCAUAAAUGUCAUUGAAUAAAUCAGUAAGUUUUUCAAUACCAUAACCUUCAAGAGCGAUAAUUUGUUCUAUUACUAAUUCAUCAGGACCUGCUGCCUUGGCGUUUGGGGGCCGCAUAGUUUAGAUCUUGGGCCAAAAAUUAGAUUCCACUUGUUUUGUAAAAAGGUAAAUAGGUAAAUCUAUCGUGUGAGUCAAGUGAUUUUCAAAUGUUAAUUUUUUAUUGGUUUUAAGAUCUUAAAAUCAAUGUAGUGCACUGUACGUACAAUCUAAUUUAAAUUACUUUAAGGGUUUAAGUACAAUUAGUUCUACAAAGGUUCUGCUGUUACAUUAUAAAUUUUCAUAGUUUAUCGUAAAUAUUGUUUCAUUUUCAGGAAUUUGAUGGUUAAGCCUCAAGGGCCACUAAAAGUCUACAUGUCCAUAAGACAUGGGAGCAGAAUUAGGCCAUUCAGCCCAUCAAGUCUGCUUCACUCGCCCAUCAUGGCAGAUUUAUUAUCCCUCUCAACCUCAAUCUCCUGCCUUCUCCCUGUAGAUCUUUCCUCCCUUACUAAUCAAGAACAUGUUAACCUUUUAAAUAUACCCAAUGACUUGACCUCCUCAGCCGUCUGUAGCAUUGAAUCCCACAGAUUCACCAGCCUCAGGCUACAUGGCAGGUAAGACAGCAUCCACAGACAAUCAGGUACACGGCAGGUAAGACAGCAUCCACAGACAAUCAGGUACACGGCAGGUAAACAGCAUCCCCAGACAAUCAGGUACACGGCAGGUAAGACAGCAUCCACAGACAAUCAGGUACACGGCAGGUAAACAGCAUCCCCAGACAAUCAGGUACACGGCAGGUAAGACAGCAUCCACAGACAAUCAGGUACACGGCAGGUAAGACAGCAUCCACAGACAAUCAGGUACACGGCAGGUAAGACAGCAUCCACAGACAAUCAGGUACACGGCAGGUAAACAGCAUCCCCAGACAAUCAGGUACACGGCAGGUAAGACAGCAUCCACAGACAAUCUGGUACACGGCAGGUAAGACAGCAUCCACAGACAAUCUGGUACACGGCAGGCAGGACAGCAUCUGCAGACAGACAAGCUGUUAACACUUUGGGUCUGUGACCCGUCAUCAUAAUUGACCUCCUAAGUGUGUCUUCUAAAGACAUUAUCUGAUAGAUCGCUCUUUUACUGUUGUUUCCAGAAUGGAGAUAAAACAUUGGAGGGCUAUGUAGGAGGGAUGUGUUAGAUGCGUUAUUGAGUAGGUUAAAUGGUUAGCACACAUUAUGGGCUGAAGGGCCUAUACUGUGCUGUACUGUUCUGUGUUCCAUGUUCUAAACCAGACCACAUGUUUUCCAGAAUGUCCCAACUUGUCAAAACUAAAGAACAUAGCAUCUAACAUCUGAGACUGAAGUGUCAUGCAAAUGCAAAAAGGGUACUAUUGUCAGAUUCUGAUUAUUUGUCAUCUCCCACCCAACCCUGAAAUGUCUAUAUAUUGCAUAUAUUCUAACAAUGUACAUAAGAAAUAAGCAACAUACAUCAAAGUUGCUGGUGAACGCAGCAGGCCAGGCA